AUGCGCGCGCUUAAAUUUGCUUUUGAACCCCCGCGUGUCAUUGAUCAAACGAUGGAAGCGGUCGCAACCAGAACUCGGAGCGCUCAAAAGCGGAAAGCGCGCUUAAACUGUUCCCACGCGGAAGCGGAAGUGCACACGACUGUCCCCGAGCGGAAACGAAAGCGUGCGGAGGCCCCCGCACGGGCACCCAAGCGUCCACGCCGGGAAACUUCCGAUCAAGACGCUCUCGAGCGGAUCGUGGAAGCAGCCUUCAAGGUCCCCGACGACGGCAGCGCGGUAAGCUACCUGCGGAAGGUGCUGUUGCGCUCGGCGUUCGAGAUAGCUCGCCGCGCGGACAUCGCCGAGGCAAAUUACAAGAGAGUGAAGCUGGAGAUCGAGAAGAAGGACGAUGAGCUGAAGAGGGUCCGUCUCCUGCUUACAGCAUCCAAGAAGCAUGUGAGGUGGGCUACGGAAGCCCGGGGGCGUUACUCGUUCUUCGACGGAGGCUCGCCUCUGAUGUACGCGGGCAACGACGCGGGCGAGAAAUUGUCCAUUCUUCCAGGCAUUUUGGCCAAAAUGGACCGAGACGCGCCGUCCUACGGCUCCAGUACCUACAAUGAUUUUAAUACGUUUUACUAUGCAGCAGCCAGCAGUACGAGUGGAGGCUCCAGCGGCUCCCCAGUGCUGAAUAUUGACGGUUGUGCUAUUGCGCUCAAUGCUGGAGAAGCCAAGAAGGCUGCUUCGUCCUUUUAUUUGCCACUUGAUCGCGUCGGCAAACCUGCGCCCCGAGGCACGAUACAGACAAUCUUCCGACACACUGCAUUUGAUGAGAUGAGGAGACUGGGACUGCCAGGAGAGACGGAGGCGCUGUAUGGAGCGACAUUUUUGACCGUUGAAGAGUAUCUGGACGCUCAUGUUGGAGAGACAGUGGAGGCGCAGUUCCAGCACGGAGACGAGCAGUACACAGCCACUAUCAGUAUCCAGGACUUACAUUCCAUCACGCCCGACAGAUACUUGGAGAUCGGAGGAGGAAUUGUACAUGCACUUUCCUACCAGCAAGCGCGCAACGCGUCAUUGCCCGUGGGUGGGGUGUAUCUUGCUCAAGCAGGGCAUAUGUUCAUGAAGGUGUAUCUAGCCCAGCCCUGUAUCAUCACAUCCGUAGCGGGACAGCCCACUCCUACAUUAAACGACUUCGCACGGGUCAUGGCCUCGCUUCCGAACGGCUUCCGAACGGUAUUAAGGUACUUUAUGAUUCGUGAUCGCCACCGUGUCCGCACGGCCUUCAUUAUGAUGGAUCGUCUUUGGUUCCCAAUGCAAAUGUGCACUCGUAACGACGAAGACGGACUUUGGUAUUCCAAGCCGUAUACGUUAGAAGCAUCCAAUGGAGAGAACUCACUUGUGGCUACAGCAAAUGGAAACCCGACGUUUGCUCUUGCACUGUUGAGCUUUCCUGGAGGCAACGCACUUGGUAAGAAGACGUUACUGUCGCUGGUGAUGGCACGCUCGGGUCUUGGACUAUCGGACGCAUGGAUCCCGAAACUCGAGUCUUGCUUCGAGGAUAAGCGCCAGGUUCUCGGAAUCAAGCGUUGUGCUGCUGGCACAGACUGCGCCGAGAAACUCGAGAGCGGCGACUUGUGGCCUAGUUGA